UAGAUACCCCCAUAAUCCUCUCCGACCCCCCGUUCAUCCCUAGCCUCACCCCCAGUGUCUGGACAACUGCAGUCCCUAAAUUCARCCUCAUUCUUGCUCCACAUCAACUCAGAAAGAAAGAAGAAAUYGCUGUACUGUCCUCCUCCCGCUCUGAAAAAAAAGAGUGAGAAAAAAUGUCCACCACUGAGCGAUUUGAUUGCCAUUACUGCAAAGACUCUCUGCUGGGGAAGAAAUACAUAAUGAAAGAUGACACGCAGUACUGCACAAAGUGCUACGAAAACCUAUUUGCCAACUGCUGUGAGGGCUGCUCUUUACCUAUCGGCUGUAACUGCAAGGACUUGUCCUAUAAGGAUCGCCAYUGGCAUGAGCAGUGCUUCAAGUGUGCAAAGUGCAGUCGCUCACUGGCAGAAAAGGCCUUUGCAGCCAAGGAGGAUUUACUGCUCUGCACUGAAUGCUAUGCACAYGAUUACUCCUCCAAGUGCAGCACCUGCAAGAAAACUGUCAUGCCAGGUUCUCGUAAAAUGGAAUACAAGGGGAACAGCUGGCAUGAGACCUGCUUCCUGUGCCACCGCUGCCAGCAGCCAAUAGGAACCAAGUCCUUCAUCCCCAAAGACACCAGCCACUUCUGUGUGCCCUGCUUCGAAAAGCAGUUUGCAUACCAGUGCUGUGCRUGUAAAAAGGCCAUCACAACAGGUGGUGUGACCUACCAAGACAAGCCUUGGCACCGUGAGUGUUUCCUCUGCAUUGGCUGCAGGAAGCAGUUAUCAGGCCAGCGCUUCACCUCCAGGGAGAAUUACCCAUAUUGCCUCGAGUGCUUCAACAACCUGUUUGCGAAGAAGUGUGUGGGCUGCACCAAGUCCAUUUCUUGUUUGGCAGGUGCCAAAUAUAUCUCUUUUGAGGAACGCCAGUGGCAUAGCGAGUGUUUCACCUGCCUGCAAUGCUCGAUGUCGCUGGUGGGGCGUGGCUUCCUCACUCAGCGAGACAACAUUUUGUGCACCGACUGUGGGAGGGAAAAAUGACUGAAACGGCUUCAUCCAAAUCCCUGCAACUCACGUUAGGAUUUCCUCUUGCUAAGACAGGUGUUCAUACUGUUUUGGCUGAUUGGUGUGCAUCAGAGUUUUGUGUUGACUUAACUUAUAAAACAGCAAGGAUUUCAUUAAUACUUAAAAUUGUGGUGGGUUUUGUGCAUUUUCUGUUGACUUGAAUUACUUGUUUUGUUUUUGUUCUUUUGUUUUAGUUUAGUUUUUUCUUUGUUUGAUUUUUUGCUAUUGGAAAAAAAAACUCCAUAUCUAUUCAUGCCAAUAAAAAUAAAAUAAGGGAAUUUUUAGCCAAAACUUUGACAAGAUUAUUUGAAAAGAAUAACCAGUUUGCUUGUCAGUCACUGAGUAUAAUUGUUAGCAGAAACCCUGAAUGCAUUUUACACAAUAUUAAAUAUUUACACCUCAAGAAAGAAUAAAAUGAUGUAUUUUUUGUUAAAAAAUUAUAAGAAGGAAUGAAUCCAGUUUUGCUUAUUUGAAAUGUAUGUGAUUUGUUAAUGCAAUCCAGUGGAGGUAUGUUUGAUUCAUUGUGGAGAUAUGCAGAAGUCUUUUCAAUUAUAGCUUGUUUUUGCUUCUUGUGCAAACCAGCAGUAAGCUUUUCUAACGUUAYGUAUUGUUUAAACAUUUGUUGUGAAAGUAUCCUAUUCUGUAAAAUGUUAGCAUAGAUGUUUAAAGAAAGAAAAUACACUAUUUGGAAGGAAUUAAAUGGAGAUUAAAUGGCAGAAAUGCAUACAGAAAUGACAAACACAAGAUUUAUUUCCAUCUGUUGAUGCAUUAUUUUUUAUCAAAAUCUGAUGAUGGUAGAGUCUGACCGCCGUGCAAAGCCUUCUCCAGCACAUCCCAAAGAUUCUCAKURGGGUUAAGAUCUGGACUCAUGCUCCCCAAAUCACUCUUUCACAAUUCCAGCCUGAUCAAUCCUGGCAUUAUCCUGUCCAUUAACCUAGUCAUUCAGUAUAUUCAGGUAAUCAGCUGACCUCAUUUUUCAGCACAUACUGUUGCUGAACCUAGACCUGACCAACAGCAACCCAAGAUCACAGACCUUAGCUAAAUCCAGGUGGCGACUUAUUUUUUGGCCAGGCAGUGUAUUCUUGAGACUUCCAAAGUGGAAAAAUGCAGAGGUGUAAAGUAAUUAAGAACAAAUACUUUGCUACUUUACUUAAGUAGAAAGUUAGAUCAUCUAUAUAUUACUUUUUCAGCCUACUUUUUACUUCUACUCCUUACAUUGAAAAAAAAUGUAAGAAGUAGAAAGUCAAAAAGAAAAAAACGUCUUAAAGAAGAACUCUAGACGAUUCCUUCUUUAAUGAAAUGUUUCGUUAACCAUCAACCAAACAUGUCCUCUGGCUGAUGGUCCUCUUUUGCAUGUGAACAACCUGUUUGUCCAUGUGGAGGCAGUGCUUAUAAGGCUGAGUUCA